AUGCACUCCCGCCGGCAGCCCGAGGGGUUAGGGGCUCGGCCGAUCGCGCUUAGGUGCCGUAAGCUGCGGAUCCAAUUCCGAGAGAAGUUGGAAGAGCUGAUCAAGGGUCUCCUGAAGCCACGGGCAUUCCCGAUAGUCGUGAUCAUCAAGAAGAACGAAAUGGAUAUACGAUUGUGUUUUGAUUAUCGGUUCGUUUAUAGUCUGACACAUCUGAUGGUCUACCCGAUGCCGCUGAUCAACGAUCUCCUGGAGGAUCUAGAGUCUACACUAUGA